UUUUUAAAAAUUUACAUUCAAUUAUUAUUAACUAAGAUUGUUAUUCUUAAAACAUUUUCUAAGUUGCAUGUCUUGAAUGGACAGUGAUGGAGUAUUAAAGCAUGUAAGUUUCAAUUCAAAGUAUAAUUUCACAUAUGAUUAAGCAUUAGUUAUUUAACUGUACAUAUUAAAUAGGAUUCAUGUCAAAGAAAAAUAUUUUUAAUGUAAUAUGUUUGUUUCAGUUAUUAAUGAGAAGUCUCGUGUAAGAUUUAAUGAUGUUGGAGACCCUUGCAUUGUUCCUUAUGAUGGAACGCCAUUCAUCAUUCUGGCUAGGUGUGAAAGGCACUGCGUUUUUGGAAAGGAUAAACACAAAAAAAAGAAAAAUGAGCUCAAAGAAGGGAGGAACUCUCUCCUUAAGGGUGAUCAUCCAGUCCCUAGGAAACGUAAACAGUUACUUCAAGCUUCUAAAAAAAAAGAUUGCCAGGCUAGGAUUAUCAUGAAAGAUGUUGUCUUCUUCCCUGACUAUCAGGUUAUGAAAAACACAGAAAAAGUUAAAAGAAAUGCUAGUGAACUAUUGAGGGAUGACCUUUCAGAUGUGCCCAGUAAUGUCAAAAGAGAGAGGCGGAUUUAUAUCUUGCUUCCGAAGAACGAGGAUCAUGAGUCAACACAUCUUACUGGACAACUUGCGGGUUUCAUGAAUCCUCUAUCCAAGGAAGUUCGAGAUAAACUGGGGGAACUUGUUGGACAUGGGGUAACAAGUGUCUCAGAGAUGCGAAGACAUUUGCAUGUGUUUGUUGAAACCAUGUUGUUUAAAGACACAAAACGCCCUGCAGUAACUGAUGCCGCAUACUACCCAAAAGACGAAACAAUAAGAACCCAUAUAUACCUUGCCCAGCUACGCUUGAGAUAUUCAAGGAUAGAUCAAGAAAACCUUCUGCAUAAGGUAGCAGAGUGGCAAGACAAUUAUCCCAGGGAUAAUUUCAUCUUUAUGCCCGCCUCUGACUCUACACCAAGUGACAAAGAUAUUUUGCAGGAUGUAGAGUGCGUAGAGCAGGAUGAUGAUGAUGAGGUCUAUCCUCAAAUCCAGACGACUGAGACAACAGAAUUUUUCUUCUGUCAUCAAAGUGAAUUCCAACGUCAUCUCCUGUAUAGGUAUGGAAACUCCCUCUGCCUUCUUGAUGCAACAUACAGGACAACGAAGUAUGCAUUACCCCUGUUUUUUCUCGCUGUAAAGACUAAUGUCGGAUACAGUGUUGCUGCAGAAUUCAUUGUGCAGCACGAAAGAAAGAAUUCGAUUAUGCAGGGUCUAGAAACCAUUAAAACUUGGCUCCUUGAUGCGCCGGACCGGCCAGCUGAAUGGUCAUGGGAACCAAAAUUCUUUAUGACAGAUUUCUGUGAAAGGGAAAUUGUUGCCAUUGAGGAAGUUUUCCCUGAAAGCUUUGUUUUUAUCUGUGAUUUUCACAGAGAGCAAAGUUGGUCAAGAUGGAUCAGUAAGACUGACAAUGGUCUUGCUGACUGCAAAGACCGAGUGCUGGGUAUGUUGAGGAGGUGUGCUCAUGCAACAUCAGAGAGUGAAUACACCUCAGCCAUCUCUGCCUUGCAAAAAUCUGAUAUCUGGGCCAGUAAUAGUCGUCUGAGAAACUGGUUUUCAAAAACAUGGUUGACAGAAAAAAAGCGCUGGGUUUGGUCACAAAGAUAUGGAUCUGGGCUAUUGGUCAACACAAAUAACGGAUUAGAGAGACAGAAUAAAGUUUUCAAAUAUCAGUUUUUGGAACAGCGAAAAAACAACAACGUGUCAGGAAUGAUCACAAGCCUUGUGCAUCAGUAUUUACCAACAAUGAUGCUCAAGUAUAUAAGAGAUAAUGCCACAGCAACAAAUAUGUUUGGACGAUCUUAUGUAACUGAUGUACCCGAGUUUUUGAAGAACAGACCUCCAAGCUUCAUAAAGCACUGCAUGUCAAAAAUGGAAUUAGCAGACACCAUUGAUGCAACUGAAGUUAUAUCUCUGGGCAAUAGAACAUACAAGGUGAAAAGUCAGUCUGAUACUGAACAGAAAAAAGGGUACCAGGUCACAAUUGACAAUGGGAAAGGGAUGCCAAGCUGUGGAUGCCACGCGUGGAUGUGGACAUUGCUUCCUUGCAAGCACAUUUUUGCCAUCAUAAAGCACACAGAAUUAUCAUGGGAAGAUUUACCUCCAGAGUACAUCUCCUCCCCAUAUUUUAACAUCGACUCACAUGUGAUUGGCAUUCAAAUGCCAAUUCCAUCCGAGACACUUGAGGAAGAUGAGUUGGAAAAUUUAGAUGCAACACAAUUACUUGAUGCCACUGAUGAUGCAACACAAUUUACUGACCUUCCAUCAGCAAAGAAAGGCCCUAAGUCCCUAAAAGCAUUGGCAGUCCAGUGUAGAGAAAAACUCUCACUGUUACAUAAUGCCACCUAUCUCUGCCAAAGCGCCAAUGCUUUUAGAGUUCUUGAUGCUCAGUUGAAGGAAGCUUUGAGUACCUUCAACAACAGUUUAUACCUGGAUAGUGGACUUUGCACAGAGGAUGUACAUGUAGAUAAAAAGACAAAGAAGGCUGUAAAAAGACCGGCAGCACAAGAAGAUUUUCCAAGUAAGACAAUCAAAAUUCAAGAGAACAUGAAAAAGAAAAAAAAGGGGUCAAGGAGAGGAAAUAAAAGGCCACCACUAAAGUUACAAAAGAAGGAACGUGCAUGUAGUGAAACAAUCAUAAUAGAGGGACAUGAAACGGUUCCCAAUACAAUACAGGAAGAUAUCACAGAAAUGUUGAAAGAGAUGUCACAGAAAGAGGUUGAUAGAUUGAUUGAUAAUGCCAGGUUAUCAAGCAGUGUCUCCACAGAUAUAGUUGCUCGUACAGGUCUUGCUUUAUUAGAGCAGCUUUUUCCAUCUGAAGACAUUGAUGGAAGUGAUCAUGAUGCUAUUCUCAUGGCAAUUAUUAAUGAUGCAAAAAAACUGUGUCCUGGUUUGGAAGAACAGCAUAAUUUUCGAUUUGCUUUACUACUUCUAUGGACACUUGUGAAGAAAGGAAAAUUUCAGUUGCAUCGAAAUAUUGAAAAGGAAGAUAAAGAGGCACAAGAUUCCAUGGCAGCUUGUAUUGAUGCACUUAAGUCUAUUCAGUCAUUAAAUUCCAAAGGAGCAAGAACUAAUGACUCCAAACAUCCAAAAAGUAUAUUAAAGAUAAAAGACAGGAGUACAAAAUGUAUUGGCAAAAAAGUUCACUUUGAGGGAGAGGCUGAUAUUCAACCACUUACACAGAUGGACCGCAAUCAGGCUUUAGAUGCAGUUAAGAAGCUAUGGAGCCUCAGGGAGAGUACCAACUAUAUAAUAGCAAGAGUGUCGAACUACAAUGUGACAGAUGAUGAUUUUAGGUCACUCGCUUCUGGGAAAUGGUUAACAGAUCAGGUCAUUGAUGCAUAUGUUGCAUUUAUAGUUCAAGCUGAAAUUGAAAAGGGUAACCAUAUCACAAUGUACCCUUCACAAACAAUGACUUCGAUUAUGAGUGGCACAUUCUCUUUGGAAGGAUGUAGGAAGAAGUUGAAAGUAUUUGAAUGUGAAGCCAUAGUAGGAGCUGUUAUCAAACAUCACCAUUGGACAUUGGUGAUAGUUGAACCAAAGAAGGGAUUGAUUUAUUUCUACAAUCCAAUGACUGAGAGGAGGAUCCAAAUAAGAGAAGUUCAAAGAAAUUGGUGUUUAUACAUGGGUGCACGAAUGAUUGCUUUCAAUGAGCUGGAUAACAGGCAGUGGAGAGUGGAAACAAGGGAACAUUCAAAGCAAAUUGACAGUUUCAAUUGUGGAGUGUACUGCCUUUUGUUUGCAGAAAGACAUUUCAAUGGGCAGUCCAUCACAAACAUCACCAAAGCAGACCUGGACUCGAUGCGAAUCAAAAUUGCUACUAAUUUAAUGAUGUUUGAAGUGUACCUGACAGAACAUUGCCCUACAUGUGGAUCUGUGACAAGAAGAAAUAAUGAGAUAAAUUGUGAGAAAUGUAGCAGAAAGUUCCAUAGAAAAAACCACUGUGUUGGGGAGGAGAACAAACUAAAAGAAAGCUUCAUUUGCGAUAUGUGUUCAAUAAAGUUUUGGGGAGAAAAUGGUGAAAAAUCAUGCAAAAAGACUUCUGCUAAGAAGCCAAGAGAAUCCAUCAGCCGAGAGAAGAAAGUUUUAAAACGAAAAUAACUUUUAUGACCCUUAGCUUUGCAAAGAAUUUCUCCAAAAAUGUGUUAUUGUCAUGUGAAAAGAAUGACAUUCACUGCUAAUCUGUUUAUAUUGAAUCACAAUUUUAGACAAUAUUUGAUUUUGCUAUGUUUAAAUGUUUUAUAUGCUAAAAAAUAUAUAUUUAUAAAUUAAAAAUGAAUUUGUA